UUUUUACAGAGACAGAAGAUUUUGGGGAUCUACAGAACUAUGCUGAGGACAAUACGCCAGGUACCAGACGAGGGAGACAGGAAGUACCUCAGAGACUGGGCAAGCGCCGAGUUCAAGAGGAAUAAGACCGCCACAGACCAGGAUGCCAUCCGUAUGAUGAUCACACAGGCUAACAACCAUCUAGAGGAGCUGCAGAAGUCUCUGGCGUUGGCCAGGAGUUAAAUACGUCAGCUGCUGUGGACUGAUGUGGACUGCAGCUCGUCCUCCAGAUAAGUGAUCCUCUC